UAUCAUGUUACAUCUGUGCGAUAUAGGAUAUUGGUUGAGACUUUGAGAGAGCAUUGUCGAAGUGGUUCGCAAGGCUAGCAAACGAAUACAGGUAUGGCAAGAUCCCCAAUAAGAUCUAAAGCAUUAGACAUUAGUCAACAUCCAAAGGGACCAAGUCGAUUACCUUUGGGGAAGAAUGAAGGGCCUGUUGCUGUCGCAAACAGAAAACAAAUUUUAGAAAUCGCAAGACUUUUACGUUCGAUGGGCGAUCUUGAAAACGAUGAACAAAAACAACAGGAAAUCAAGAAAACGAAAGACAACGUGAAAUUGACAAAACAUCAGCGCCUAACAAAUUGUUGGAAUAAAGUUGUGAAAACUGUCUGCUUGGUUGUGGACUGGUUGGAGCAAUCAUCGCAUCAUAGCCAUGCAACCGACCAAAUCGAUAGCAUUGACUCAACAAUGCGAGACACCGCGUCAAGUACACCAGAUACUACCAAUAAACCAGAGGACGAGAUGGUGUUAAGAGGCUUGUACCAUAUCAUAGUUCUUGGCUCCCAAACUUUGACCAUUAAGUUGCUAGAAGUCAUAUCGGAGAACUUAGAUAUUCCGGGAAAUCUGUAUAGCGCGAAACGCGAAUAUGCUGAAGAAUGUCUUCGCUUGGUGGAGGAAAAAUACUAUCCAACUUUGGAUGUUAUUGAAAAGGCGUCCGACCUUUUGGUGGAACUAACAAGAAAAUUCGAACCUCACAAAAUUGACAUGUUUAACUCAUACGUUGGUCGUGCUCAAUUGGAGAUACAGCUUUGUCGUGAUUUUCUCGAUGAGGCAAUAACUGCCAUUGACGAAUUGAUGGAAAUAGUAAGCAUAGUGAAAUAUGUGUCACGUGGCGUGCGUUUACUAGGAUGGGGAGUCACGUGUUACUCUUUGUAUCGUAUUACAUCAUCUACAUCUAAACUCGAGGAUCUUGCAAGCUACGUUGUCCCUUUGAGGAGUGCUGCAGUAAAGAAAUUAACCCUUCGGUUGCCUCUUCUGGCAGGCUGCGCUAUUUCUGGCUACUUGUGGUUGUCUUGUUUCCGCCCAAAACGUGCUUAUGAGCUCCGAGAAAAUCUUGAAAAGAUUCGACGCAAGCAUACUCUUUUUAUGAUGCAGUUAAACCACUUAGACAGACGACUAGAAUUGUUGCAGAAUGAUUUUUCUCGUCGGGAUAGCGUUUAGCACAUUUAAUAAAUACUUUAUGAAUACUUUCGAGUAAAUUGAAAACGAGCUAACUGACAACGUGCAGUAAAUAAAAUCCCACCUCACUGAGAUGUUGCUAGUCAAUUUGUGUAAGUGUACACGCAUUCUGUAUGAAUAAUAUUUGAAACUGAUGAUGAAACAGGAUAUCAACACCCUUGGACAUAUCAACAUUGUAGAGUUUUUAAUUUGUAAUUUGUAUUACUGCAUGAAGGUAAUAUCGUUUAUCUGAGUUUAACUGUCACACCUGACGAUAGAGAAUACAAUUGAUAUACACGA